AUGCUGAGAAAUUUAAUAUGGAAGAGGCUAGCCUCAACAGGUGGUCAUCCAAAUGCUACAAAAAUCUCUCUUCCAAGGAGACCAUUGAAAAAGAUACGUCCCGGAAAAGCUAGACCUGCUAUAUACCAUCAGUUCAAUGUCAAGGUUGAGUUAAGUGAUGGCUCUGUCAUUUCGAGAAGAUCCCAGUUCCCAAAGGACGAAUUUCGUCUAAUUUCUGAUCAAAGGAAUAACCCACUCUGGAACCCAAGUAGAGAUGAUUUGGUGGUGAUAGAUGUAAAUUCUGGUGGUAGUAAAGAUAAAUUCAAACAAAAGUACAGUUCCAUAUUUUCAGUGGACGAUGCUGUCGAUACAAAAGCAGAAGAGAAGGAAGUCAAAUCUAGCAAAGAAACAAAAACUGAGGACAAAAAGGAAGUCAAGAAAGAUGUCGAAGAAGAUGCCUUUGGUGUUGAUGAUUAUUUGUCGUUACUUGAUGAUAGUUCUAAGCAGAUAAAGACUGGUAAGCUAGCCCAAAAGAAAAAGAAAGAUAAAAAAUGA